CCCAGCAGACCUCACGCCCUGAUGGGAACGGCAUUCUGUACUCCCUGUACCUGGGCAGAACGUUUGAUUAGCAGCUUUGUUUUGGGGAAGAGCUGGCCAGGAGCCCACUGACAAGACAGCCCCGCUAUCAGAUGGCACAGAGGAACCUUCUCUUACAGCAGAUGAACACCCAUGACAAACCCCAGACCAGGGCACGCUGUUUUCAUGAAUCUUAUAAAAGCCCCACUGGGAAAUGCCAAGAUCAGGCUUAAGGACAGCUGAGCCCCACUAGACGUCAAGAAAACCCAUGGCUCUGGUUGCAUCUUUCAACAUGACCAGUCCACAGCCUGCCAUCGAAGGAGGGAUUUCUGAAGUUGAAAUAAUCUCCCAACAAGUAGAUGAAGAAACCAAGAGCAUUGCUCCCGGGCAGCUGGUGAACUUGGCCUAUCGGGACCUGCCCCUGGCGGCUCUAGACCUUUCCACAGGGGGCUCACAGCUCCUGUCAAAUCUGGACGAAGAGUAUCAAAGAGAAGGGUCUAACUGGCUGAAGCCGUGCUGUGGGAAGAGAGCAGCCGUAUGGCAGGUAUUUUUGCUCAGUGCAAGUCUCAACAGUUUCCUGGUAGCCUGUGUAAUAUUGGUGGUGAUUCUCCUGACCCUGGAACUUCUAAUAGAUAUAAAGCUUCUCCAGUUUUCCAGUGCAUUCCAGUUUGCUGGUGUCAUUCACUGGAUCAGUCUGGUCAUUCUCUCUGUAUUCUUCUCAGAGACUGUUCUACGGAUUGUUGUGCUGGGGAUCUGGGAUUACAUCGAAAACAAAAUAGAGGUAUUCGACGGGGCUGUGAUCAUCUUGUCCUUGGCUCCGAUGGUGGCAUCCACUGUGGCGAACGGACCCAGAAGCCCCUGGGAUGCCAUCAGCCUCAUCAUCAUGUUCCGAAUCUGGCGGGUAAAGAGGAUCAUUGAUGCCUAUGUCCUGCCGGUCAAGCUGGAGGUGGAGAUGGUUACUCAGCAGUACGAGAAGGCCAAGGCCAUCCAAGAGGAGCAGCUGGAGAGGCUGACGCAAAUCUGUCAGGAGCAAGGGUUUGAGAUCCGGCAGCUGCGCGCGCACCUGGCCCAGCAGGACCUGGAUCUGGCUGCGGAGCGGGAGGCGGCGCUGCAAGCCCCACACGUGCUCAGCCAGCCACGCAGCCGCUACAAGGUGGUAGAGGCCGGCACGUGGGCCGAGGAGACUGCAGCCGAGAGCAUUGUGGAGGAGAUGAGGCCCUCUCAAGAAGCCAUGGCAAAGGACGACAUGAACAGCUACAUUAGCCAGUACUACAAUGGGCCCAGCAGUGACAGCGGGGUCCCAGAGCCAGCAGUGUGUGUGGUCACUACAGCCGCCAUAGACAUCCACCAGCCCAACAUCUCCUCAGACCUCUUCUCGGUGGACUUGCCUCUGAAGUUCAGUGGACACAGCACCUGCGCCAGUGCCACCUCGGAGACCACUUCCCACUCAACCUGUGGAUCAGUCACCAGGGCCCAGAGUGCCAGCAGCCAGACGUUGGGCUCCUCCACAGACUGUAGCACCCCCCGAGAAGAGCCGUCCUCUGAGCCAGGACCUUCUCCCCUGCCGCUGCUGCCACCCCCUCAGCAGCAGGUGGCAGAGGCCACCGUCCAGGACCUGCUGUCCUCCCUGUCCAAGGACCCCUGCCCAUCCCAUAAGGCCUUGGACCCAGCACCCCUGUCCCAGCCUACCCCAGCAGGUUCAGCCCAGACCAGCCCUGAGCUGGAGCGUAGGGUAAGUCUAUUCAACCAGAGGAACCAGGAGGCUCUCCCUGCUCUUCAGAUCAGGCCUGUCAUCCACUUGCAGCCCACAGCUGGGCUGGAGGAGAAGUUCAGAUCUUUGGAAUCCAAAGAGCCCAAGUUGCAUAGGGUUCCUGAGGCCUAGAGAGUCUGCAGGCUUGUUGAGUGGAAAGUGGGGAGACAGCCAUCUUGAAGCUCUUUCAAGACCCCAGAGGCCACUCAGGACCACAAAUGGGGCUCAGGAUCCCGCCUGGCCUCCCUCAGGGUGCUGUCUGCCUCCAGGGAGGUGAUGCCAGGCAGAGGCCACACGCCUCAGACCUCAGAGUCCAGAGCUGGGGCUUCCUCUUGCCCUACUCAGGAGAGGGUGGUGCUCAUGGCUGGGGGUUGGGUUUUUUUUUGUUUUGUUUUCUUUUGUUUUUGUUUUUUUUUUUAAACCAUUUUUACAAAAACCAGCCUAUGGCCCAGCUUCAGCAGGGUAGAGCGUGGGGGCCAGCUCCGCCUAUUUCGUUGCCUUCGUUCCUGAUGCCCACCCCGGAUUCUCGGGAACAGCACUGUGAGCUGGGGCUGCCCAGCCUCACCCCAAGCCGUCUUUCCAGGAAUGCUGGGGGAGCCGACACAAUCAUAGAGACCACAUCUGAGCCGAUCCCACCCGGCAUUCUCUCAUUUCAGCAUGGAUGUUUCCAAGUCUCCACAGGCCGUGACGGGACGAUCUCGAGGCGGGAGGGAUAUGGGAGGGCAGGGGCAACCAUUUUAUGACCCUGGCUUUAAUAAUAAAAACCAGCUGCACUGAG